CGCCCUGUCGCGGCGCGUAAACCAAAAGUUUGUUGUUGUCAGCGGCUAACGGCUAGUGGCAAGCUAACGUUAGCCGCACCGGUGGACGAAACAGGACGGUGGCGUUACUCACAGCCGCCGUGAUACCGUAGUAGACCACCGUUAAACACCGGUAACACGGUAAAGGGGGAAAACACACCAGCCUCUCACACCGUGUGUUUGUCGCCGGUAUCAGGAAGGAUGAGUUCUGCGAUGUCCGAUCCAACCCUAGAGAGACAUUUCAAGGGUCACAGGGACACUGUGACUAGCGUGGACUUCAGCUGCAGCAUGAAGCAGAUUGCCACAGGAUCCAUGGACUCCUGUGUGAUGAUCUGGAAUAUGAAACCUCAGAUGCGAGCGUAUCGCUUUGAUGGACACAAAGAUGCUGUCACUUCUGUUCAGUUUUCUCCCUCUGGCCACUUGGUGGCCUCCGCCUCCAGAGACAAGACUGUACGUCUUUGGGUCCCCAACAGGAAAGCUGAUUCAACAGUGUUCAGGGCGCACACGGCUACCGUGCGCAGCGUUAACUUCUCCGGUGAUGGACAGACUCUGGUCACAGCCUCUGACGACAAGACCAUUAAAGUGUGGACGGUCCACAGGCAAAAGUUCCUUUUUUCUCUGAACCAACACAUCAACUGGAUCCGCUGUGCUAAGUUUUCUCCAGACGAUCGUAUGAUUGUGUCGUCCAGUGAUGACAAGACAAUAAAGCUGUGGGACAAGAACAGCAGAGAGUGUAUUCAUUCUUUCUAUGAACAUGCUGGUUACGCAAACCAUGUGGACUUCCAUCCCAGUGGAACUUGCAUUGCUGCAGCCAGUACUGACAACUCUGUUAAGGUGUGGGACAUCAGAUCCCACAAGAUGCUACAACACUAUCAAGUCCACAGCGGUGUGGUGAACAGCUUGUCUUUCCACUCAGCUGGUAAUUUCCUCAUCACUGCGUCCAGCGAUUCCACCUUGAAGAUACUGGACCUUGUAGAGGGGAAGCUACUGUACACACUGCAUGGACACCAGGGUCCAGUGACCUCUGUGGCCUUCUCCAGGACAGGAGAGUACUUCGCAUCUGGAGGCUCAGAUGAACAGGUAAUGGUGUGGAAGAGCAACUUUGACGGCAGCGACUGCGGUGAUGGCGGCGUCAGGAAACAUAAAACCACCUCCAGCGUUCCGGCACCACCACCCAGCUCCACGACUCACCUGCCCUUUGACAUACACCAGUCUGUGCUCCGCAGCCAGACAUCUGACCCAUCAGAAGAUUUUAACAGACAUGACUUCCAAACCGCUGCCCGCUCUCAGGGCGGCAGUCGCGGUGGCAGCCACAAAAGAGCAACACAGCCCCACACCUACAGAAAUCCCAACUCCUCCUCCACCCAUCAGACGCAGACGCAGAGUAUACCGCAGCAUUCAUCACAUGCUCAAGCACAGUCCCGGGCCUCAGAUGGAGGGGUCCCCCCUGGUCUCGCCAGCACUCUGGAACACAUCAUUGGUCAACUGGAUAUUCUCACUCAGACGGUUUCAAUCUUGGAGCAGCGGCUGACGCUGACCGAGGACAAGCUCAAGGAGUGUCUGGAGAAUCAGAUGGAGAUCGGUCUACAUCUCCAGAGACGAGAGCGGGGAGAGCAGCAGGAGGUCUAAAGAUGGCGGCAUCGCUGAAAGGUUGAGCUGCGGUGUGAGUGAAAUGGGGUCACACAUCAACACCAGAAACAAAAACCAACAUCGUUGUUGUUAGAUCUCAGUAAAAUUUGAGAUCACACGCACACAAAUAGCAAGAACUUGACCUGAAUGGUUCCCCUGACUGGACUUUAAAUCCGCCCCGAGCCCGACUGCCGCUGUUCGGUGUCUGGUUGUUUUACAAAGAGAUAUCAGGAGUGAAGGAGCGGAAUAUUAGAGAAGUUUUUUUGCUCUACUACAGUGCUGAGAGUGCAGUCUCUUUUCUGCUGACGAAGGACCUGCUACUACCAGUCACUGCCUGUGUGUGUGUGUGUGUGUGUGUGUGUGUGUGUGUGUGUGUGUGUGUGUGUGUGUGUGUGUGUGUGUGUGUGUGUGUGUGUGUGUGUGUGUGUGUGUGUGUGUGUGUGUGUGUGUGUGUGUGUGUGUGUGUGUGUGUGUGUGUGUGUGUGUGUGUGUGUGAUAGAGAGAAUGCGCGUGUAUGUAUAUAAUGACUGCCUGUACAAAAGUGUAGACACAUGCAAGAGACUUUGUUACUUGCCUGCGCACUGCAGAUGUUCAUUUUUCUAUUAGUGUGUGUGUGUGUGUGUGUGUGUGUGUGUGUGUGUGUGUGUGUGUGUGUGUGUGUGUGUGUGUGUGUGUGUGUGUGUGUGUGUGUGUGUGUGUGUGUGUGUGUGUGUGUGUGUGUGUGUGUGUGUGUGUGUGUGUGUGUGCGCGUGCAGACUGGCACAGGAUGUCAUCAGUUAAAUGCUUCUUUUCCAUUAAAAGGUUCAUAUAUGUAUAUACAAUAUACACAAACUGUAGGUAUAAACCAGGAUACCAAAAUAUUCAGAGGGCACAGUCCAUUGAUUUGGCUGCACACAGGUCAAUACAUUUUAAAUUGGAGACAAAGGAUCAUUGAAAAACUAAUGAACGUUCUUUUAACAUCCACCUGUUUUUGACCUUAUUCAGUUUGUUGCCUACCGACUCUUCAUCCCAUCGUUUGUGAAAUACUGAUUGAAUAAACCAAAAACUGACCGCAGAGCCACGACGGUGCCUUUAUUUCUUUAUUACUUGAAGAAACUUCUCUAUUUGAAUUGGUAACUUGGAGACAGUUUAUAUUCAGUAAUGUUCUAUGUUUUUUUAGUGUCAACAAAUCUCAUCAAAAAAAGAAACCAAAUUUAUUUUAUCCCAUAUUACGAGUUUGUUGAGCCCCGAUGUUUAUGUCAUAUGUGCAUCUGAUCACCACUGUUUUCCAAAAACAUUUACACCAUUGUACAUGUGACAUGCUACAUGCUAUUUAUUUUGAUAUUUAGGCGAUACUUACCACAUUAGACAGAUUAUUUGUGACACAUUGAAUACAUUUUAUUUGUCAGUGUAAUUGUGAAUAUUAUGGUCUCGUGUUACAUCACAUGAAACUGUAGAUUUUAGAGAUUAAAGAGAUUUUAAAUUUGACGCAAAAAAGAAAUAACUUUUUAAUCUAUUAUUAACUACUAAAAAUUUAACUAUUUAUUUUCUGGGGUAACUUUCCUAAAAACAGAGUUAGGACGCACUGAGAAACUCAAUACUUUGUUCUUUUCAUGCUUUUGUUGACAGUGAAAAGAUGCAAUUAUAAUAUUGGUGCUUUUUGCAUUUGCAGAUAAGCAUCUUCUUAUGUCCCUUUAUAUACUGCGUCUUAAACGUUUAUACACUGACAGUGAGUUACUGUCCCUUCUCAGUAAAUGUUUUCACUCUUAUCUCUAUGAAACUAUUAGUAUUCCUCUUUCAUAACUCUGACGUUUGUUUGUGUGUCAGUGGCAAAAAGUUUAUUUUCGGAAUCGCUGCCAAAACAAACAGGUCACCCGUUACUUUUAAGAGACGGCUUUCUGCUCUGAUUGGUCCACAGAGCCCGAGCAGUUAGCCGAGAAACCAUGACUUUUCUGUCUUCAUUGUCCUCGGCGGAGACGUUGAGAUCAUGAGAUGUGAGCUGUGUCAUCCAUUGAUUACAGCGAGUCACCUUCAGCCCUUUCCUUAUCAGAUUUUGAGCGGCUUAUUACAAAAGCACGGGCGUUGGCAGCCCAACAUGCCCUGCUCUGCUCCCGUUCAAAAUCCUUAUGUUUCACCCCCCUGAGUCAUUUACGUAACCGGACCACUGAUGCUGGAUCAGUACUAUUAUUUUUAGAAGCUUCAAUGAAAAUUAAACCUGAUGCUAUGUUUUAAAUACGCACUGUGGUUUCUCGAGGGAACAGAAACAUUAGAGCAGUGAAGGAAGGACUCAUUCAUGUCAUUAAAAAAACCAAAACGUAUUUAACAAAGUGGUUAUGUGUUUACAUACUAAAGUAAUGAGUCAUACUGAGUCCUAUUGCAGAGGUCUUAGUCACUCUCACAGAACAGUGUGGUGUCAUUAAGAGGGGGAAAAAUAUUAAUGACUGUUUCUUUAAGACCCGGCUCAGACUCCACACUGAUGGAAAAAGAAGAAAAACAAAACCGGAAUUCUGGAGCUGUACUGCCGGGCCCACGCUCUUCCUUCCUGUCUGGGGCCCAUGCACACGCGCGCACACACACAGAGACACACGCACGCGCGCACACACACACACACUUAGACAGUCAUGCCAGAGAAAAUGGUUCCCUUUACUAUGGGCCUCAAGCAGACGGCCUGCCAGGAGCUGUAGUGGAGGAGAGGAGGGGCUGAAAGAGUGGGUUCAGUAACUGUGUGUGUGUGUGUGUGUGUGUGUGUGUGUGUGUGUGUGUGUGUGUGUGUGUGUGUGUGUGUGUGUGUGUGUGUGUGUGUGUGUGUGUGUGUGUGUGUGUGUGUGUGUGUGUGUGUGUGUGUGUGUGUGUGUGUGUGUGUGUGUGUGUGUGUGUGUGUGUGUCCUUUGAGUCCUCAUUUUUGGCCAGACCUACAAGGGUCCCAAUUAAAACUUGGUUUAAGGGUCAAACCUAGGAUUAUGUUUGGUUUAAAGCUGAAAUAAUUGGUCAGUGGAAAGUACAUGUAAGUACAUUUUACCAAUACUGUUCCUUAAUUGCACGUUUUGAAGUGCUGUAAGUGAGUGUAUUUUGUUAUAAUAUGUUAUUUUAUACUUCUAUUUAACUGCGUUUCUUGGACAGUUUCAGUUAUUUGGAUUGUCAAUUCCAAUAAAAAAAUGUAUGUAUACAAAAUAA